AUGAUACUGUAUCAUUCGCACCAAGAUGCGGUAGUACAACUAACUUGCUCCACUUUCCCCAAAAUCACUGCACCUAAUACUUACUUUUUGAAUUCAAUCCGCUUCCCACCGAUGAGGCAAGUUGGUGCUUGUGCCGGUACACGUAUUAUCAUGCCGAAGAAAAUUACGCCCAAGAUCCCGACGGAAAGAAUCCAACCUCUUUCGAUGAAGGAACUGGCACCGUCUUCAUUGGUACCGUACUACGACGGUAUCGUUUUAGCUAGCAAGACGGUAACAAAACAACUCGAGCCAAAGACAAGCCAUGAUGGAGAGAACGAUAAAAUCAACCGUGGCUGGCAACAACAGGACCAAAAUACACGACGGUGGGGACUCCGUGACGGCGGCAACGCACUUCGUGCAACUCGAGACGGGCCAAUUAUAUUAUGCAGUACUGGUACAUGUUCAUACCGACGGCAAAAAAAGGCUCUGUUGAACCUCCAGCCAAGAUGCAGAGGAUCGCAAAUAAAGGAAGCAACAACCAAAAGUGGGCUUCAAUGUUGCGCUCUUCCUGCCCCUUCCGUGGUCGUCGCAAAGUUGGGGCUUUCUCCACGAUUGAUAAGCGAAUCCUUGCACCUCGUCUUUUGCCUCUCAAUCAGAGGACGGAUUCCGAAGAAAGGAACAAAAAAAAUGAGACUUCUUUACUCUAGCUACGGUAGCAACUUCUAA